UGAGAUCACUUCGGGAGGGCGGUGCAGAGGGAGAGCUACGUGUUGCUGCUCAGCAACAGAUAGAAAGGAGAGAGAGAGAGAGAGAGAGAGAGAGAGAGAGAGAGAGAGAGAGAGGAAUUCCCUCGCAGAAAUAAAAGCGUCUGCCAGGGCGUGUAUCAGUUCCUAUGGUUCCCAGAAUUUCCUGUGAUAAGUGUAGCCGAUACCUGUAGCAGGAGGAGGGGGAAAGCCCAAUGGAUGAAGGAUGUAAGGGCUGCCAUCUACAACAAGCCUUCGGGUAUAUUUGAAGAUCUUUGCCUGGAGGCGAAAUUAUAUUUGAUAUCGCGCCGACUGCGCUUGAAAUAGGCGUCCACCUCUACCAAAUAAACCUGGCACAGAGCCGCUUCUCUGGAAUCCAGUGAACAAAGGUCUCGGCGUUUGUUGCAGGCGCGCAGGUUACCCACAAACUAAAACGUGCCAUCACUGGAGCUGAAAUGCUGUUGAGUCUUCUUUCCGGAGGAUUCGGUGAACUGGACGCGCUUUAAAAUAUGACAGGUCAGGUCCUGGGGGAACCGUGCGGCGGGGCUCACACGGAUGAAAACGCCGCCAUCCGCAUCAACGUGGGCGGCUUCAAGAAACGUCUCCAGUCGGACACUCUCUCCCGGUUUCCCGAGACGAGGCUCGCGCGUCUGCUCCACUGCCAGUCUAAAGAGUCCAUCCUGGAACUGUGCGAUGACUACGACGACACGGAGAAAGAGUUUUACUUCGACAGGAACCCGGCGCUCUUUCCCUACGUGUUGAAUUUUUACAACACGGGGCGGCUGCACGUCAUGGCCGAGUUGUGCAUCUUCUCUUUCAGUCAGGAGAUCGAGUACUGGGGCAUUAACGAGUUCUUCAUCGACUCCUGCUGCAGCAGCUCCUACCACUGUAGGAAAAUGGACCAGGACCGGGAAGACUGGGAUGACCGCAGCGAUGAAGGAAGCACCACUUCAUCUUUUGACGAGCUGUUGGAGUUUUACAACGACGCCUCCAAGUUUGAUAAGCAGCUGUUCGGGAGCGCACGGAGGCGCAUCUGGUUGAUGCUGGAUAACCCCGGCUACUCCGUGGCCAGCCGCAUCAUCAGCAUCCUCUCCAUCCUGGUGGUGCUCGGCUCCAUAGCCACUAUGUGCAUGAACAGUAUGAGUGAGUUCAGCCUGCUGGACAGCGAAGGCCAGCCAACAGAGGACCCACGUUUCGAAUCUGUGGAACAUUUUGGCAUCGGCUGGUUCACUCUGGAGCUGGUGGCCAGGUUCGUUGUGGCGCCAGAUCUGCUGCACUUCUUCGAUCAUCCGUUAAAUGUGAUAGACCUGGUGUCCAUACUUCCGUUUUACCUGACACUUCUCAUAAACCUGGUGGUGGAGAGCAGCCCCGCACUGGCAAAUCUAGGACGCGUUGCGCAAGUGCUGCGGCUGAUGAGAAUUUUCCGCAUCUUGAAGCUGGCCCGUCACUCCACGGGGCUCCGCUCCCUGGGAGCCACACUUAGGAACAGCUACAAAGAAGUGGGGCUUUUGCUCCUCUACUUGGCAGUCGGGGUGUCGUUUUUCUCCGUCAUGGCCUAUACGGUGGAGAAAGAGGAUAACGAGGAUCUCACCACCAUUCCGGCAUGCUGGUGGUGGGCCACGGUCAGCAUGACUACCGUGGGAUACGGUGAUGUGGUGCCGGUGUCUAUAGCCGGCAAACUAACCGCCUCUGCGUGCAUCCUGGCCGGGAUCUUAGUAGUUGUGCUUCCGAUUACGCUCAUUUUCAACAAAUUCUCCCUCUUCUACAAGAGACAGAAACAGCUGGAGAUCGCAAUGAGAAGCUGCGACUUCGACGAGGGGAUAAAAGAGGUGCCCUCGGUCAACCUGAGGAAUUAUUACGCACACAAAGUCAAAUCCCUCAUGGCGAGCUUGUCAAACAUGAGCCGGAGUUCACCCAGUGAACAGAGUUUAAACGAAUCAAUACACUGAAACAGGACACUCUGUCAGUCAGGUCGGGUGACGCUGUUCAAUACAUGUGGCCUACCGAGGAGCUCUCCAGAGUGCUGAAAUUCUCUGGACUGAGAGCCUGCUUCCUUCCACUGAUGUCUGACCGUUUGCCUCUCUGUAGCUCAGUGCAAUAAUGUGUUCAUUUCUGUGUCUAUCACAAUGAAAAAAUAAGCAAAUGUACAGCCUGAACAUCACGUCUGUGCACUAAUACGGCCGCUCAACAAACAGGCUAAAAAUCUGACCCCAUCUGAUGAAAAAGACAAAGAAUGCUGUAGUUGUUUACAGUGUCACACUGUAGUCCACUUUCCAGCUAUACAUGUUGUAUAAGUAUGUCUGAAGUAACUGUAUCUCUUUCAAAAGAGUCUCGAUGUAUAAUUGUGGUGUUGCAACAGUACUUCAGAUGUGUGGUUAAAGCAAAGUGUAUUAAAUAUACAAUCAAGCAAACAGAAAAAUACAUGACAUACUUCCUUGUUUUUUUAAUACGAGAGUUAGGGUCUAACUCUGAUCCUGAUUGAGGGAACACAUGUAAGCCCGAGGGUUGGAAGGGGGAUUUAUAGCAGCAAAGUGACUGACACAAUAUCUGAAACAGUUUGACAGGCAUGGCAACAGCCAUUCAGAGCUGACAUGUUGAAUAAAUCUAUUCGCUAAGGAUUUGAUUUUUUUUUUAAUGGCAUCACCAUUUCAGUUCCCAAGAGACAAUUUUAAAAUAUUAAUCAGUACAUGUUCUAAAAAGACUAUAAAACUAUGGUCAUAAAAUAGAAGUUAGUCCACAGUAAGGGAGAACUGAAGAGAAAGUUCAGUAGUUAGUUUAUGGUUAUCACUGCUCUCCAGAGAAUACACCAUAGAGAUAAAGUUCUAGUUUUACUUAUCUCAGUGCUACGUUUCAAUUAAUUUUUUCACAGAAAGCAAUUUGUCUCCAGCCCGUAAACUCAGAAGAUGAAUGGCUGUGACAAACCUGCAUAUUUCUUUCUUUUUUUUCUCCCUCUUCUUCUUACUGUGUCCAGAUAAAAACAAGUUUUAUGAUCCCACAGGGGGAGCAUGCAGCUGUUUGGACCCCUCUCCCUUUUUCUGGUCAGCAUUUGCGAUAAGGAGCUAUCCCACUGGACGCAAUAACAGCAGCAGAAAUUCAACAGAGAACACUCACUUAGUGUUAUUGAUUUCAGUUUAAAGGGUAAAGAGCUAUUUGAUACAAGUAGGCAGCAGCUCUUUAAAAAAACCAAACAAAAAAAAAAACAGAUGAAAAAGUCAGUUUUGCAUCAUCUCAUAUUUCAGAACAGUUAACUGCAUCGAUUUCCAUCUUUUUAAUUUGAAGGCCAUUUUUAUUUUGACACCAGUUCUUAAAAUGAGAAAUGAUCAUUAAUGCUUUGAGCUGAAUCCUCUCCACAUCAUUGUGUAGCUGUGACUGGUAAAAUUGUCACUUAAUCAGUGUCAGUAUUUUGUUUGUUUUUAUUCAUCGUACAAAUAAUUCAUACAUGCAUGCACAUUUCAGUGACUCGAACAAUCAGACUCAUUUGCUCCUGUGGCAGAGAGAUAAUUUGAAAUUCAUUGUCUCAAGAUUAAUUUGAGCAGACAGGCAGAAGGAUUUUACAUAUUGCUGCUCAUAACUAAUUAGUCUGAGCACAGAAAAACCACACAUUGCAGCUCAGUCACUAUCACCUGGUGUAAAGGAUAAUCCCAACAAUACCAAAAUAUGUUGUUUUGUUUUUUUAAAGAAUUAUGUAUUAUUGUACAAGUUUAAAUAAUGAAACAUGUCUUCAAAUAUCAAAGAGCUUUCAGGUGUACAAAUAAGGUUAUGGCACACAUUUGGCAGAAUAACUGAGCGACACAGAGAUCAUUUCACUGCAUUUCAGCCACGAAGUUGUGCUCACAUUUCAAAUCCUAAUGAGAAACCUGCGUAUAUCCAGCAUCUUCUCCCAGGAUUUCUGGGGAGCUCAUUUGAAAUAAUAUUUACCCUCAGAGUCCAAUUAUAUCAGUCUGCUUUUGUUUACUCCUAAACCUUUAAAGACUUUUCCCCCUGGGACAAAAUCCAAAACGCCACUGCAGCACCCAACCAGCAUGGAAAAAUCAGUAAAUGAGUACACAGUGACAGCGGGUGACAUUUUAACAUAUCAACAAAGGGCCAACCCAAAAUAAGAACAACAGUCAAUCUUUUCCAUCUCAGGGAGAAGAAAGUAAUUAUAGAAUCUGAGAGAAAAUUGAAAUGUAUAAAUGUACUCCAGGACUGCGGGCCAAGGAGAAACAGUAAUAAAGAGAGUAGAUUUGCACAAUGUCAUCCAAGUGUCAGGGCUUUGUAUGUGUGUGUUUGUGUGUGUGUGUGUGUGUGUGUGUAGGUCAGCAUGACUCCUGAGAAGGAAGAUGGAGAUGUCUGGCCCCUCAGCUGCCUCCCCUUGGCUCGCCUGUAUCAUUACCCUCUGACUGUGGUGAUAGAUGUAAGAAAGGCCCCCAGCCUGCCUGGCUCACAGUACAGGAAGCAGCUCAGGUCAUUAGAGGGCGACCGUGGCAAAAUAAAAUCUGCUUUCCUCAUUUCCAGUAACCAGCAGAGCUUAAACAUCCAGUCCAACCAUCAUCGUGACUGAAACCUGUGACUCAACAUUGUGAAAGGAACAGUUGCAUUAGAGGGAGAUUUAUUUUUUUCUUGUAAUUUGUCUGACAUGUAAUCAUCAACGCUUUUAGAGGUGUACUUGGUAAUAAGGUUUGGUUAUUAUUUUUAUUUCAAUGUUAAUCAUUAAAUCAAAAGAGUUCCUUUUGAUCAAAGGACUUCUGAUUUAAAUGAGCUUCCUAUAAAGUUAAAUGAGCGUGCUCAUUUGGUUCCUUUCACACAAGCUGUGAACAAAGACAAGAGAAGAUGAGCAUAAAAAAGGUUGUGGAAAUCUGGGAAGAAUAUUAUGCUUAUUAAUGCAGCGCCGACAGGGAAUCAGAACUAAAUGGUGUACGUGCUUCCCAGUGUGCAUGUGCAAACGUACUGUACACAAACACACCACACAGCGAGUCUAAUGGGGAACUUAUCGAAGCUGGCAGCACGAGGCUCAUCUCCAGGCUGCUCUGUAUUGGUGAAAUAAAACUCUGUUACUAAGCAGGCGUUCCGUGUUGUUGCACAUUACCAUCUGCUACUAUCCGUUUGCUUUAAACAGUGUGGGAAGAUUGGAUCUUUUCUGCGUGCAUGUUUCUUUCUCCCUCCGUACUUCCCACCAUGUGUGAUCUGUGAACAUCUCCAAAAAUAAUCUUUCAUUACAUGGAUCGCGGCAUAGCUAAUUAUCACAUACAGAUCUCAUGAUAACAUCAAACCCAGGUAAUGCUUAAGGAUGGCUGAUUGCUUUUUUUGUUUGUUUUUUUAAUGAAAGGAUUAGAAAUUGUAAUCAAACUGAUGUUUCGGGGAUGUGGGAAAUAAUAGGGAGAUAUUUUUCAUGUUUGGACUCUGCAUUAUGAACUCUCCUGACAUUAAAUUUUGAGACUACAUUUUAGUUUUAAUCGUUUCCUUUUUGUCGAGUCCUAAAAAGCCACAAAAAAUGCAAUUGAAGAACAAAAUUUGUAGACUUACUUCUAGAAUUUAACUGGUAGUGAAUUUAUGGACUCUCUAUGGACCAGCUGCAAUUUAAACCAAGUACCAACACAAAUACACCAAGUUUACACCAAAUUAUCACAAAUAUGUUAAAGCUUAGGUUUUUUGCAGUUUAAAAAACCUCCACUAAGUCAGCGCUACAGACGGCUGUCCCUCCCCGAGCCUGCUUCUGCUGGAGGUUUUUGCUGUUAAAACGGAGUUUUUCUUUCCCUCUGUCACCAAGUGCUUGCUCAUAGAGGGUCGUCUGAUAGUUGGGGUUUUCACUGUAUUAUUGUAGCGUCUUUACCUUACAUUGUGCAUUGAACCGACUGUUGUCAUCUUAAUUCCUUUAAGCUUCCUUGUUGCUUUUUCCACAUGGAGUAAUUAACACACACAAAAUAUGUCAGUCAGAUUAUUUCAGUUUAUUCUAGACUGUUGCAACCUUGGAUUAUAUUCAUUCUCCUGAAGCCUAAAUGAACAUUUCUGAAAAAUAUAUAACAUCAUAACGAUUUGUGACCUUACACAAAAUGUUGUGCUACUUUAACUGGUGCUGGUCCUCCACCGGAAAACUCUCAAUCACUAAAAUAACCACUUCUGAAAGACAACCCAUCAAUGUGCCUUCUUUUUAACAGAGUCUUCAGUCUGCUACUGUUAAGUGACUCAUCCACAGAGACAGAUGUUUCUGGAUUUAAAUCACAAUGGUGUUCCCACUGAAUUUUAAUGAAUAGCACAAAAUGGGCCAAUCGAACACCCGGGGAGUGUUACCUUUUACCAAAGACUGUUAUGAAAAUCAAUUCCCACAUUUUUAUUGGAGCCUCAUGUCUUGUCUUGUUUAAAGAGCUUGAAAGGACUGUUAAUGCAGUUUUGUUCUCCGCAGCCAAGAAGGGUAAUGGUGUACCUUGGCAGUUUUGCCAGGGUGGCACAGAGGCAGCACUGAGAGGAAAACACUUUAAUUAGAACAUGCUGUUUAUUUCAGGACUUUUCAAGAGCAAAUCUGACAUUUGAGAGAUUUCACAGAGCCAAACGGAAAAAUAUGGCUUCUAGCGGUGCUGUAGUUUUUGUUUAUUAUUAUAUCCAUUCCUGGAUAUUUCCAGAAACUUUUCAUUUAUAUGACCAUCUGCGCACAUCCCUACUUUUCCAGCCAGGCCAUGGAUUCUUCUACUAGAGCUACAGCACACUGAACAUCAUUUUUCAUAUGCUGCAGAUUCCCUGGAAGGCAGCUCUGUGUAAUUACCCCAAAGGCCUUUGAGAACCACAGUAAUAGACUGCACACAUCUAUGAUAUCAUGCAUGAAAUCAUCCAGGUCUAAAAAGAGGUCUUGGAAAAACGGACACACAUAUAUGCAUGUACACACAGGCACACAGACAAUGCCUUAAUUUCUGUUGACUCAUAAUUCACACAUGUCACUACACUUCUCUCUGCCUGUAGUGCGACACUGCAUUUCAGUAGCAGUGUGGCUAAAUCAGUGGCCCUGGUAGUGAGAAACCCAGUAAAGCGAUGGCUAACACAAAAAAGCUCAGCGUGAGAUGGCAUCUCUGUAUGCAGGCACCGUCUCCCAAUGGCUAUUGAUGAGGGAAGACAAUGAAUAUUCUCAUUAACACAUAGAAACGGAAAGUCUCCUAACAUGCAGAAAUGCAAGAACAUUAAUGUCAAUACACAUACACAGCUCAAGGUAAAUUAAACUACAGCUGUUCCUCAGGCACAGCAACUCCCGUAGGUGACAGAGUUAGAUUGAACCCAUUAUUACAGCUGGAUCUGGGAGACAAGGAGUCCAGUCAAAAAGACAGACUCAAUCGGACUUUUUCAAAGUUCAAAGUCAGAGGAGAUACAUAUAGAUUACUUUUCUGUCUGUGUCUCUUUAUGUGCUUGUGUGGCCACGUAUUUUUUCAAGUAUGUGCAGAGUUAGUGUGUGUUUGUGUGCGUGCAUGCCUGUGCCACUUCUUCCUUCCAUAAUCAAUUUCCUCAGGGACGUGCCAAGGACAUGGGUGUAGACAGUUUGAUUUGUAAAGCUUGAACAGGAGGGUGUCUGAGAGCCUGGGUGCCAGUCCACCUGAGCCCAACAGGAUGACGUCAGUAACACCUUGAGAAAACCUUGACAUCUCAUGUGUGCACUUUUAGAAAAAACAAAAACAAAACAAUUAUGUGGAAAAUGUUGCAUCAAUAACAUAGAAAAUGUGAAUGAAUGUGCAUGACUACUGAGAUUUCGUCAACCACAGGCUUUUGACAGCGUGGUGAAAACUAUCUGUAAGAUGCAUAGAGGCACUAAAGCUAUUCUUCACUUUAAAUAAAGACAAAGAAAUGGUGGAAUGACUUACGUCAGUCAGGGCCACAGGCACAAGGAAAUAUGUGUUUUGACUCAACGAGAAGAGACGAAGAAAAAAAGACAUGAAUACAGAUCACGGACAAAAAGAAAAUUUCAGCUGUUGGUGGAAUGUGUCAUCAGAGCAGUUGUCAAGAGACAACACACACAACAUGCGAGGAGUGCGACAUGAAAACUGAUUUCCUGAAAAUAACAGGGGCUGUGAUAGCAUAUUGUGAGACAUGAUGUGAAUAUAAUAGCAUAAUGAGUCUAUUUCUGUUCACAAGUAUGGCAGCCCUUUUCUCUUUUUAAAUCCGCUUUUGCUCCAUCUAUCUUACUGGAUCAUCAACUUGCUAAAUACUAAGGGCUACAUUCAUCCCACCAUCAUGUUAGGGAAUGGUGAUAAUUGCCAGAUUUGUUAUAAAUGCAGUGAUGUAACUUGUUUGGUGUGCUUAAUUGCCUUUGAAAUCCACCUGUGUUAGAAUUAUACUGUGCUGCAGCUGCUCUGUGGGGACCGCGCUGGCUAAAUGAGACUGAUUAUAGAAACAAACUGAGCUUUGGCCUGCCUCUCUGCGUUUGGUGGAGUGGCUGUAUACUUUUCAUUUUAACUAAUCUCAGGUUAGCUACUAGUGUAGGUGGUUUGUGUGCCAAGGUAAAUGUAGAGGUGCCCUAUGAUUCUUUAUGUCCAAUAAAUGUCAGUCACAGCUGGCAAUUGUUGGUCAAAAGGUUUCUGUGUUGUUGUUGUUUUUUAAAAAGACAGCUUGUUGCCAUUUUAAACCUUCAUUUAUCAAAUAAACACUGUCCUCUUUAUCCCAAGGCAAUGAAUGUGUUUAAUUUAAGUUAAUAUGAACAUUAGCGGAUGCUAGCAGUUAUUUGCUGUCCCAAAACUGAAUGUCACUGACUUCAAAUAGACAGCUGAAAACAACCAAGUUAUUUCCCAGUAAAU